GGCUAACCGUAGUCACCCUGUGCAGGUUAACAGACGCUUAACAGCACGUAACUCAACAAUACAAAUAAAAACAAUUAAAUAUUUCUUAAUCAAACUCUAAUCCGAAAUGUUUAGACGGUGCAUUUGAAAAACAAUAAUAGUGCGUAAUGGCCGAAAGUGGCCAACAGUGGAUGCCGGUGCGGGAAGACAAAGAUGACUAACAAUGAGAUUGUCGAGCUGAUUUAAAUGGAAAACUUUGAAAACAACAGUCUGAUAACGAAAAAGGAGACAGCCCAACUAAAAACUGCAAUCAAAGCCAGAAAGCCCAGCCACCAUAAGUUCAAAAACGACACAUAGAAGCCCAACUAGGAGGAACUGGUGAUCCUCCGAUCCUAGAUUGACGAUCGGGGUUCGAGGAUCAGAAAGCCAUGAACCACGCUGGCGUCGCCAUGAUGAACAACCGGCAGUUGGCCUUCGCGGAGCACCAGGUCAAAUAUGAGCCACCAGUAGACGAGAUGGACACGCCCUGCAUGCGCUUUUCCGUCAACCUGUGGAAGAACGAUCGUCUGGACUAUGUGGAGCUCAUCUGCCUGCUGCCCAAUGGGUUCCUGCUAGGACUAAGGGUCAACCCGGCCACGACCAUCCAGAUGGUCAAGGCGGAAAUGGUUAAUCAGGCGAAACAAAUGCCGCUGAGCUAUGUGAUCAAGGAUGCCUGCGAGUACCAAGUGUACGGUAUUUCGACCUUUAACAUCGAACCCUACACGGACGAGACAAAGCGACUGAGCGAGGUGCAGCCCUAUUUCGGCCUGCUCACCCUGGGCGAUCGCGCCGACACCACCACCAUCUCCAGCGACUAUGAGCUCACCAAGAUGGUGAGCGGGAUGAUCGGUCAGUCCUUUGACCACCACCGGACGCAAGGCACGCCCGAGAUGGACGACUUUCGGCUGUUCAUGACGCAGAUGUGCGACAACAUUGAGCUGGAGCGCAGCAUCUACACCUGGCAGCAGCGCCUUCUGUACGAGCACCCGUUACGUUUGGCCGACUCGACGAAGAUGCCCGAAUUGAUCCGAGAGCGGCAUCAGACCAAGACCUUCCUGAUCGUGGUCAAGAACGAGAACGACCAAAGCACAUUUACGCUGUCGGUUAACGAACAGGACACUCCCUUUUCACUUACGGAGAGCACGCUGCAGAAGAUGAACCGGUCACAGAUGAAGAUGAAUGACCGGGCUGCCGACUACAUACUCAAGGUGAGCGGUCGCGACGAGUACCUGCUCGGCGACUAUCCGCUGAUCCAGUUUCUGUACAUCCAAGAGACGCUCUCAGACUCGGCGGUGCCCAAUGUUGUGCUGCAGUCGGUGUACCGCCUGGAGUCGUACAUCAACCACCACAACGAGCAGGCCAUGGUCCCCAAACGGCCGCCUCCGAAGAAGCAACCCGCCCUUCUCCCCAAGACGCCCUCCUCGCUGUGGGACAUGGGCAACUUCUUCCAAUUGACGCUGCACAGCAUCUCGAAUGUGAACUACGAUAAGGCGCGCGCCUUCAGGGUGGGCGUCCAUCUCGGCCUCUUCCACGGCGAGCACAAGCUAUGCUCGCAGCGAACGACGGACUCGCCAAACGGCAACUUUAACACGUUCCUGUUUAACGACCAGGUGAUCGACUUUGACAUACAGAUGCGGAACCUGCCACGAAUGACGCGCCUUUGUAUUGUGAUCUUUGAGGUGACCAAGAUGUCGCGCUCCAAGAAGUCCUCCAACAACAAGGACAGCGGUCUCAAGGACGUAUCCUACAACAAAAACCCGCUGGCUUGGGUGAACACAACGCUGUUUGACUACAAGGACACCCUGCGCACCGGUCGUCAGACGCUGUACACGUGGACGUAUGCGGACGACAUUCAGUCGGACGAGGUGUUCCACCCUCUGGGAACCAUCGAACCUAACCCGCGCAAGGAAGGGUGCGCUCUGGUGGACAUCACAUUCCACAGCAGCGGAACCGGAAACGUGCGAUACCCCAGCGAAGAGGUUGUGUUGCAGUACGCCGCGGAUCGGAGUUGGAGGGAUAACCAACUGCAGCAGCAGCAGGCGGAGCCGGAAAAGCCUCUUAAAGAACUGAAGGAUCUGCUAUCCAACUAUACGGGGCUGGACAAGAUAUACGAGAUGGUUGAUCAGGACCGCAAUGCCAUUUGGGAACGAAGAAACGACAUUAUGCAAGAGCUUCCCGAGGAGCUGUCCAUCCUGCUUCACUGCGUCUACUGGAAGGAACGAGAUGACGUGGCUGACAUCUGGUAUCUACUCAAGCAGUGGCCGCUAAUUUCCAUUGAGCGCUCCCUGGAGCUACUGGACUACGCCUAUCCAGAUCCGGCUGUGCGGCGGUUUGCCAUCCGGUGUUUACACUUUCUCAAGGACGAGGAUCUGCUGCUGUACCUCCUCCAACUGGUCCAAGCCAUCAAACACGAAUCCUAUCUGGAGAGUGAUUUGGUAGUGUUUCUGCUAGAGCGAGCGCUGCGCAACCAGCGGAUCGGUCACUACUUCUUCUGGCACCUGCGCUCCGAGAUGCAGACGCCGUCUAUGCAGACGCGGUUUGGUCUCCUCUUGGAGGUCUAUCUCAAGGGCUGCAAACAUCACGUGGCGCCACUCCGCAAGCAGCUGCAUGUGCUGGAGAAGCUGAAACAGGGAUCGCAGAUUGCCAAAUUAGGCAGCAAGGAAAAGGUGAAGACAAUGCUGCAGGACUUUUUGCGGGAUCAGCGCAACUCGGGGGUCUUUCAGAAUAUCCAGAAUCCACUUAAUCCUAGCUUCCGGUGCAGCGGCGUAACUCCAGAUAAGUGCAAGGUUAUGGACAGCAAAAUGCGUCCGCUGUGGGUUGUUUUCGAGAACGCGGACAUGAAUUCCAACGAUGUGCACAUCAUUUUCAAGAAUGGCGAUGAUCUGCGCCAGGAUAUGCUCACGCUGCAGAUGCUAAGGGUUAUGGACCAGCUUUGGAAACGUGAUGGCAUGGAUUUUCGCAUGAACAUAUACAACUGCAUUAGCAUGGAGCAACGCCUCGGCAUGAUUGAGGUGGUGCCUCACGCAGAGACCAUUGCGAACAUCCAGAAGGAGAAGGGCAUGUUCUCCGCCACGGCGGCGUUUAAGAAGGGCUCCCUUUACAGUUGGCUUAAGGAUCACAACAAGCCCCCCGACAAACUGAACAUGGCCAUCAACGAGUUUACGCUCAGCUGCGCUGGCUAUUGCGUUGCCACUUAUGUGCUGGGCGUGGCCGAUCGGCACUCGGACAAUAUAAUGGUCAAAAGAAAUGGACAGCUCUUUCACAUCGAUUUUGGUCACAUACUGGGCCACUUCAAGGAAAAGUUUGGAGUGCGGCGAGAGCGAGUGCCCUUCGUAUUGACCCAUGAUUUUGUAUACGUGAUCAACAAGGGCUGCAAUGACCGAGAGGCGAAAGAGUUUUGUCACUUUCAGGAAUUGUGCGAGCGCGCCUUUUUAGUUUUGCGAAAACACGGCUGCCUUAUUUUAUCGCUGUUCUCAAUGAUGAUUUCAACGGGACUGCCAGAACUGUCCUCCGAAAACGACUUGAACUACCUUCGUGAAACUUUAGUGCUGGACUACACGGAGGAAAAAGCGCGCGAACAUUUCCGAGCGAAAUUCAGCGAAGCUUUGGCCAACUCCUGGAAGACUUCCCUUAACUGGGCCUCGCACAACUUCUCCAAAAACAACAAACCAUAAACAGACAACUACAUUGACAUCAAGAACUUGGCAACACGACCGUAUAGAAGUCAACCACAUCUCCCAUACAAACAAAUCCACUCACCAAGUCUAAAUGGAUCAACUUUUCUUUUCUGCCCGCCUUUCUAAGCCUCUGCGAAAGGCAUAGUACAAUUUUGUAUCCAAUUCAUAAAGUUCAAAACUAUGUGUUCACUAUGUUAGGCCGAGAUAUACCCGAUCAACACGCCCCCUCAUAUACAGACAACCCCCUGACCCAUAGAUGAUAAUGUCGCUCCCACAAGUGCUCCAAUAUACUUUACUGUUACUUUGUACAAUUUAUGUGUUCACCCAUUCUUGUAAUUCUAAUCAAUUUUCGCCCUCUCAUACAGUGACCCUUGGACCCUGGAAUUGUUUUGUUGUCUAUUAUUCAUUUGUUGUUUGAACACCCCCAUACAUGCACACUCGCGCAUGAACGUGCAAAAAAUUGUAUCCUAUUAUGCUAUAUUAAUUUUAGACAUUUACUCAAUAAGUUUAAAAUUUACGAUUUUCUAUCCCUACAUUACGAUUAAUUGUGUACUAUAAUUUUUGUCUGCUUCUGUCACCAGCAACAAAAUCAAUGUUUGUGUUUCCGGUUUCAUUUUGUAAUGUUCUCUAAUAUUUGUACGUUUUUUGUAAAUCGCUGGAUAACUAAAAUUAAAUGAAACAAUUAAAAUACAUAAACGAACGAAUGUAUACAAUUUAAUCGAAAGAAGAAAAAUAUAGAUACAUAAUGUGCUUCUACGUUUACGAUAGUAUGUAUUCGUCUCAACAA